CUUUAGUAUCCGGCCAUCAUUGCUUGCUAAAGGUGCCCUCAGAGAACAAGUAUCCCGGAGCUUCAUACUUUCAUUCUAUUUCUUCCCAAACAAGAGGUCAAAGUAGUGAUGCUGAAUCCAGUACUGAGAGCAUUGAGAUCAAUCUCAAUUCUCUUUCUCUUAACAAUGGAGGUGCAGCUGUCGGUAAUGUAGCUGUCGGUAAUGUUGCUGAGCCAAGAUUGUCAAUGGGCUCCUCCUCUAAUGUUGAUUAUUCUGUAGGAGCUCCCAGCUCUUUGGGGAAGCAAGAGGAUAUUAGCUCAGAUCCUAAAGUCAGCAUUCAAAAUAUAGCUGACGAGACAAGGGAAGUACCAGGUGGUUCAAGACAGACAUUUGAAGUGGGAAGCUCUAGUGGUCCUCCUCAAGCAGAAAACAACUUGUCGAAUAAUCUUUCAGUUCAUUUGAAUGAUUCUUCCUCCCAUACAUCAUUGAUGUCAUCUUGGAAUAUUAAUCAGAUGAAUGUUCAAGAACAUCCUGUCUUGGGAACAGGCGCUGGUCUUCACUCAAGCUAUAACUCCCAUCCUCGUCCAAUCGCCAGUAUCCUUCCUGUAAUGCCUCAUGAAAAUUUCAACCAAGGGCUAGCCAUCAAUACCUUUCAGAUCUCCACACUGUAUAAUCCACUCCUUGCAUAUGGGAAUCCUCUUUUUCCUUUAGUUCUAUAUCCCUCACAAUCACCAUUGCCUAUGUGGCAGUGGCUCAAUGAUAUUUCUGUAAGUUCCAGGCCUUACACCUCACCAGACAUGCCCAGGAUGGUGCUUGCUCCUAGCUUUUCUGGAAAUCUGUCUCAGUCGGCUUUUACUAUCGACUCCAGUUUAAGGGCUGGCAAUAUAAUUGAGAGUGGACUUUUGCCUGACCUACAAGGCCACUCACAUCAUCUGCAUCAUCACAGCCUAGCCGUUGGAAGCUAUGAUACUCUUGGUGGUGAUUAUAUUCAUCAAAUGGAGCAUAAUUUAUAUUACCAUCAGUGGCCCUCCCUUCCCUGGGCUCCUCUAACCACUAAUCCAGCUGGAAGGCAGCAAACAGCAUUAGAUUUCCUGCCAGGGUUUGUUUCUCCUGGGAUUGGUCCAGGAUCAGGUGUUGGGAAUUUUGUUUUCACUCCUAGUCCAAAUCCUGCUACCUAUGGGCAUCAUGGACAUGACAUUGUCGGCCAGAAUUCUUAUUUUUCGGGUCCAUCAGUCACCCAAUCUGGUCAUCAUCUAAGUCUUGGAGUGCACCAUGCUUCUCAGUCUACGGAGGCUGAAGUAGAAAGACAUCACAGGCCAAUGUCCGAGCCACAUCUUCAGAAUAUUGUUGGUGCACAGAUUGAACACCAGAUGUACUUGGUGCAAUCACAGGCAGCACUUAUGCUUCCAGUGCACUAUGUGCAUCACAUCGCAAUUGGGUAUCCAGUGGGAAUGUUUCUGCAAGAUAUGCACCAUGUUAUGAGACUUGACGUAGAGAAUAUGUCGUAUGAGGAGUUGUUAGCUCUAGAAGAUCAUAUUGGGAAUGUUUCUUCUGGUUUAAGUGAUGAAACCAUUAUGGAGCUUCUAAAGUGGAGAUAUUAUGAAUGUGCUGUCAAAGAACCUAUUUCAGAUGAUGAGAUAUGUUGCGUAUGCAGAGAAGAGUAUGCUCAAGGAGAAGAAAUUGGAGAGUUGAAUUGUGGUCAUGAGUUCCAUACAAGGUGUAUCAAACAGUGGCUCAUCAUCAAAAAUACAUGCCCGCUCUGUCAAAUGAAGGGCUUGGAUGCAUAGCACGCUGCAGGAAUGAAAUUUAUUGCUGUAAAGUAGUUUUAUAAACAUCUUUAGCAAUUUGCUGAAGUUACUUUGGUUUAGCAUCUUUUUAUAUUGGUUUUUUCUAUUGAAACUUAAUAAUGUGGACGUUGUAAGUGUAUAUGGACCCACAGUCAUAUAAGAAGCAACACAUCUGUUGCAAAUAGUACAAUAAUGAAAAUCCUUUCUUCGGAAU